GAUGUCAGAUGGACUUUUUCUGCAGAAAUGCAGGGAAGUUGCAGAAAACUGUAAAGAUAUUAAAUUUAAUGAGAUGUAUCUCGAUACAGUGUGUUUGAAUAUGGUACAGGAUCCAUCCCAAUUUGAUGUUCUUGUCAUGCCAAAUCUGUACGGAGACAUCCUUAGUGACCUGUGUGCGGGGCUGAUUGGAGGUCUGGGUGUCACCCCAAGCGGCAACAUUGGGGCCAAUGGAGUGGCCAUCUUCGAGUCGGUAAGGGUUCUGCUCCAUACGAGUUCAGGCUGGACA